AUGAACGCCUUCCGCUGCUUGAGACCUGUCGCCGCUCGAGUGCCUUUUCAAAGGUCAACUCUUCCUCGAGUUGCCAGAGCUUACAGCUCCAAGACCUACGAAUAUAUCCAGGUUUCACAGCCCAAGCCUGGUGUCGGUCAGGUGACACUGGACCGCCCCAAGGCUCUCAAUGCUCUUUGCACACCUCUUAUCAAGGAGCUCAACCAGGCUCUUCUUGAAUUCAAUGCAGCCGAUGACACUUCAGUCAUUAUCUUGACCGGAUCUCAAAAGGCUUUUGCCGCUGGCGCCGAUAUCAAGGAGAUGGCCCCUCUCAGUUUCGCUGAAGCUUACACCAACUCCUUCAUAGAGUCUUGGUCCGAUCUCACCACUCAAAUUAAGAAGCCCAUCAUCGCUGCUGUCUCAGGUCACGCUCUAGGCGGAGGCUGUGAGCUGGCUAUGAUGUGCGAUCUUAUUUACUGUACCGAGAAUGCCAACUUCGGCCAGCCUGAGAUCAAGCUCGGUACUGUUCCUGGUGCUGGAGGCAGCCAACGCCUUACUCGUGCCAUUGGCAAAUCAAAAGCCAUGGAGCUCAUUCUCACUGGCAAGAACUUUUCUGGAGUUGAUGCUGAGAAGUGGGGACUCGCUGCCAGAACUUUCCCAACUCAUGAAGCUUUGAUGGAGGAGACUCUCAAACUCGCUGAGACAAUUGCUGGCUACUCCAAGGUCGCUGUUCAAGCCGCUAAGGAGGUUGUCAACAAGAGCCAGGACCUUGCUCUUCGCGACGGUGUGGAGUUUGAGCGAAGAGUAUUCCAUAGUUUGUUUGGUAGUCAAGACCAAAAGAUCGCAAUUUCUGAUGAAUUAUUAAGCUCAAGCUUAGCUAUAUGCACGGAGCUCCUUUACCAGCCUUUGACUCUGCUUGAUUGUCUUCAUACGUUUUGCGGUGCUUGCUUGAAGGAAUGGUUUACUUUUCAGGCCGCGACGGCCGAGCGGUCGCCAAACCCACCUGCUCCAGGCACCAAUAUCUUUACAUGCCCAUCGUGUCGAGCUACUGUACGAACCACCCAACAUAAUGCCACCGUCGUCACUCUUCUGGAUAUGUUCAUCGCAGCCAGCCCUGGAAAAGAUCGCUCUGCGGUGGAAAAAGAAGAGAUGGCCAAAAAGUACAAGCCGGGCGAUCAAGUCUUGCCAACAAUCAAUACUCGCCGAACGGCUGAGGAGCGACGUGCUGAUGCUGAGGAUAGAAGGUUGAUAGAAGAGGUCAGAGAGCUGAGCUUACAAGAAGCCGGCGUUUCUUCAGCACCGCCAAGGACGAGACGGAGGCGCGAAAGUCGAUCUGCAGAUGACAGGAGAAGAUCAAGCAGAGACAGGGAAAGGGACCGGGAAAGGGAUCGAAGUUUGGAUGGCCGCCAUCAGCGAGGAAACCGCCGCCCGCGAAUAGACGACGGAAGCCAGCAUAGUUCCGACCAACUGCCAGUGGAAGGGGAACGACGCCGCCGACGUAGCGAGUCAAGACAACGCCAGAUCGAGCACCAGUCAUCCAUUCGAUCACUCAUAAGCUCCGGUGACAUGAGCGAGAGGGAUAUCGAGCGGGAAAUAGAGUCAUUUGCAAGACAGAUUCAGGAAGAAGGGCUCCUCGACGGACUCGACUUGGAUAAUAUCGAUUUGAGUCGCGACGACGAGCUUAGUAGGAGAAUCACUGAGGCAUACCGACGGCGUCAGAGAGAUCGAACACGCCAAGAAGCACGGAGAAAUAACUACCCUCCACUGACACGACCUGCUGAGGCCUCAGCGGCAGACGCUCGUAUGUUGGCACCUGAAGGAGGUCGAACAAGGGAAAGAUCACGACCACAUUCUAGGUCUGCGAGUGCUGCAAGUGCCACCAGUGCUGCAAGCCAAACUGAGGAACGAAGUCGUCCACAAACGAACGCAGCGUCAGCGAGUCUCGAAGUUCAGGAGCCGGUACGGAGGCCAAGAAGAAGGACCGCAAGUGGAGGUCGUAGCUCGACCACCCCGAUAUUCCCGACCGCAACUGCAACUGAGAACAGGCCUGCUGCUCGGUCAUCAACUGACCUAGGCUCGAGAUCCCAAACUACUGAUCCUACCCAGUCCCGGCCUAGCCUCAGCGAAGGACGUAGUACAAGUACCCCUAUUCAUACCGCGCCGUUUCCAAACCCUACGGAAGCUCCAUCGAGUACCAACACUGGGAGCCUCUCAUUUGCCAGUCGCCAGGGGAACGUGGCGAGUGCAUCAGUUCCUCCUUUAUUCUCUCAUCAUGACCCUGCAGCUGGUCGCUCGAACAGGCCCCGUCCUGUUGACCUUGCAAUCGUCCACCAGACAGUGACCAGCCCGACCAGCAGUCCAACAGUUUCGGCGCACCAGAGGACAAGAUCACACCUAUAUCCGGAGCCUUCUGUCAGCUGCUCUCGAUGCAAUAGGCCGCAUAUCGAAUAUGAGGUGCACUACAACUGCUCUAUUUGUGCUAACGGGCAAUGGAACAUGUGUCUCGACUGCUACCGAGCUGGGAAGGGCUGUCUCUACUGGUUUGGAUUCGGCUAUGGUGCCUGGGCAAAAUGGGAGAAAACAAGGCAACAGCAAGGGGAUCCUUCUCUGGCAAAGCCGCACAUGUUGACUGCGAGUCGCUACCGGCCUCCUCGCUCAGCUCCUGGUGGGGCUGAUGGACGAAAAACGCUCACGACAGACGAUCCCAGGCAUCGAUUAGAAAGCGGUACAUUCUGUGCAAACUGUUCUGCUUGGACAAAUGAUUGUUAUUGGCGGUGCAACAUAUGUAAUGAAGGCGAUUGGGGCUUUUGUAACGAUUGUGUGAAUCAGGGGAGGUCCUGCACACAUACUCUACUACCUCUAGCUCACGAAGCCACUCAGCCAAACCAAAGUCGAUCUGGCAGUCCUCCUAGGUCGCCAGGUCGGCCAACAGCCGCUACCAUACUCAAAGGCCCCAAUGCAUCCAAUAUUGGGCCCUUCAAGCCACUGACCUUCACGACACGCUGUGACAUCUGUCAGGAACCCAUUCAGCCGAACCAGGCACGGUAUCAUUGCUACCACUGCACAAGUACUUUGGUUCCAGAUGCUACGCCAGGCGAUUACGAUAUAUGCUCCUCCUGUUAUGGCAAUCUAGUCACCCAGCGACAAAUAAGCCCUGAGAACGGCCACUCUGGAUGGAGGAGAUGUUUGAAUGGCCACAGAAUGGUGGUUGUCGCGUUUACAGAUGGGAAAAUCGGACUAUGGCGGUACAUAGCCCAAGACCUAGUGGGAGGCAGAGGACUCAAGUCAGAUGCGCCAGAAAAACCGGAACACCGCGAACAGGGCCUCCUGAAAUGGGUCUGGCACGACGACGAUCAAGAACUUUCCCGGCUCGUCACGAGAGAUGUAUCAGAAACCGCGCCGACGGAGAGUGGGUUUAUUCAGACUUUUCCCCCUGAUGGCGGAGUGGGAAUGAAAGCGACAGCGAGAUUUGGCUGGUACCCGAAGGCGGGAGCCGACGAUGAGCUUCUCUUCCCACGAGGAGCGGAAAUAAAAGAGAUUGAAGAUGUUAACGGAGAAUGGUUCUUUGGAGCAUACAUGGGUUCUCGAGGUUUGUUCCCAGCACCAUACGUGCGGUUAGAACAGAAUACUCCUUGA